UCUUGUCCACAUAACUUCUUCAUUCCCAUGGCUGGAGUUCUAAACAUCUCUCAAGCUCCAAUUUUCCGGUCACUUCCCGGUAGUCGGACAACACCCAGAACCUCAGUCUUCAUUAGAGCCACUUCAGAGACCCCACUCAAUUCCUCUUCUUCUUCUUCUUCUCAAACAAGCAUCAAAGAACCAACACCAUUUACUGCCCCGCCUAAUUUCAAGCCACCUGAGCCAAAGCGGUUUGGAGUUAGACCCGACAAGGUUUUGGACAUCGUGGGGGCCUCUCUUGCUCUAUUAUUUCGGUUGGCCACUGGUGCUUUUGUUUCUGGGUACUCUGCAUCUUUUGUUUCCAAGGAUGAGAUUCCGCCUGGCCAGUAUGCUCUAGACAUAGCAGGUUUUAAACUCAAAGAGACCUCCAAGUUAGGCCCUCGUCCAGAGAAGCCUAUUGAGAUAUACGAGUUUGAAAGCUGUCCAUUUUGUCGAAAGGUUAGGGAAAUUGUUGCAGUAUUGGAUCUUGAUGUUUUGUAUUAUCCUUGUCCAAGAAAUGGUCCAAAUUUUCGUCCCAAGGUUGCUCAAAUGGGUGGAAAACAGCUGUUCCCUUACAUGGUUAGAUUUCCUUUACUUUUGUUCCUGGACUCAUCCCUCGUUGAUGAGCAAACCGGAGUUAAUUUUCUUUGACAAAAAGAUCAAUUU